CGUACGACUAGGAGGUACGCCGCUGACGUCAACUGUCGGUGAGGGGAAAAAAGUGACGCUAACACACACAAGCCGGAGCCCUGACGGGGGAAUAGCGUUUUGUUUCUUUUUUCUUUAGUUUUGUGUCAUUUAUUCUUUAGGGUUUUGUUGUUAUUUAGCAGUAUUCCUGCGUCGGACUCGACCGCCGUGUUCUUCAGCGCUUGCUAUCUCGCAUUAACGUCCAUGCUGCUCUCCCCUCACGCGGCGCUAUUUUGACAGUCGGGGUCGCGUUGAGCCAACUCAAGCUAGCAGCACCAUUAUAUUAGCAUCGACCCAAGUUGAAGGAUUCUCCACGCAACUCAAGACAUACUGCCAACAACACGGACUCCUGACUGUAGGACAGACCAUGCUGCUGCACUAAGCUGAAGAGCGAGAGAAGGAGAGAGAGGCCACUGAGGACCCCUGAGGUGGUGGCUGGUCGUUUGGUGCCCCUCCCACUUGUCUGGCUGGCUGGCUGCUGCCUCUUCAAUUCAUCUGAUUGCUCCCUUCCCCAGAGGCUAAGACUUGCUAUGGACUGCACUUCGCCCCCUGCUGCAGCCCAGUCGAGUACACUACGUUAGUGGGUCCCCACAUCUUUUCGUGUGGUUCCUGUCCAGACUCAGUGAACAGAGUCCAGCUCCGAUCUGGUACCACCUACAGCCACUGCUGGGUCCUCCACCCAACCCCCUCCCCACUCCCACCCUCCCCCCUUUCCCCUAAAAAGAUGUCAGUGAGCCUGACAACGGACAUCCAGCAGGAGGGAGAGAGUGGGCCACUUAUUGAGCCCUGCAGUCGAGGCAAGACCUCCCCUCAACCACAGGGCACCAAAGAAGGAACUGGAGAGAGCCUGGAGCCGGAUGAUAGCUCUCCACAGGAUGCACAGAAGCGGGCUCCUAACCACAGCCAUGGAAGGAAAAGGGCCAAGUCUAAUGCCAAACUGAAGCUGGUACGAAGUCUUGCAGUGUGUGAAGAGUCCUCCGGUCCGUUUUCCAAUGAUGGACCACCAGAAUCGGAUAUCAUCCAGCUUCACAUCAGCUGUCCAUCUGACAAAGAGGAGGAGAAGUCCUCGAAGGACGAGUAUGAAAAUGAAGAGGAGAAGAAGGACAAGACUCCCCGAAAGAUGCUGUCACGUGACUCCAGUCAGGAAUAUACUGACUCCACAGGCAUCGACGUUCACGAGUUUCUGGUCAACACACUGAAAAACAAUCCCAGGGAUCGAAUGAUGCUGCUUAAACUGGAACAAGAUAUCCUGGAGUUCAUUAAUGACGACAAUAACCAGUAUAAGAAGUUUCCACAAAUGACUUCUUAUCAUCGUAUGCUGCUGCACCGUGUGGCUGCCUACUUUGGCAUGGACCAUAAUGUGGAUCAGACGGGAAAGGCUGUCAUCAUCAACAAGACGGGCAACACACGCAUCCCAGAACAAAGGUUCUCUGAACACAUCAAGGAUGAACGCAACAUGGACUUCCAGAAGAAGUUCAUCCUUAAGAGAGAUGAUGCUAGCAUGGACAAAGAUGAUAAUCAGAUCCGCGUGCCGCUGCAGGACGGGCGGCGUAGCAAGUCCAUUGAAGAGCGAGAGGAAGAAUAUCAGCGGGUACGAGACCGGAUCUUUGCCCGAGAAUCUUCUCAAAAUGGAUACAUCAAUGACAACAGACUUUCCACUGAGGGCUACUGCUCUAGCUCUCAAAAGAGGAGGCAGAUCUUUAGAAACCGCGAGAGCUCCAGCCGGGCAUCAAGCAGCCGUCAAAGCAGCACGGACAGUGACAUGAAGUGCCUGGAGCCAAGGCCUUGGAGCAGCACCGACUCAGACAGCUCUAACCGCACUCUCCGGCCACCCGUCACUAAGGCCAGCAGCUUCUCUGGUAUCUCCAUCCUUACCAGGGGGGAUAGCCUUGGCAGCAACAAAGGCUCGCAAGGGAGCUGCAAAGGCUCUCGCUCUGGCCUUCCCCUAGUCAGCCCUGAUGUAUGUCCUCCACCUGCAGCCUCCCAGUCCAGCCGUAGUCUGCUACCCUGCCCAUCUCAACAGCCACAGCAGCCACAGCCCCAGGCUCCACCUCAGACUGCCCUGCUGCCCACACCGCCGCAGCACCCUAUGAGCAACCACAUGAUUGCUCAGCCGGUGGCGUCUCUGCAGCCCUCUCAGCCUGUCUCCUACUCCAGCCCUUCCUGCCCCCAGGUUCUCCUGCCAGUUUCUCCUCCCCAGCAGUACACAAUGGGAGAAGAGCUGGCACCCCAGUUCACACAGAUGACACUGAGUCGGCAGGGCUCCAGUGAGAACCCCGAGCCUCCCCCGAUGUAUCAGGCUACUCCUCCAGUGCUGCCGCAGCACCCCCCACCUCAGACCGGCUACAUUAUGGCUACUACGGGUCAACCUUUGCCACCUCCGUCUGGUUACCAGCCCAACACUGGACACCCCCAUCCUCCACCUCCACCGCCUCCUCCAUCCCAGCCUGUCAUGCAGGCCGCACCACCUCCACAAGGCUACAUGCAGCCCCCUCCACCUCAGCAGAUACAAGUCUCAUACUACCCUCCUGGUCAGUAUCCAAGCUCAGGCCAGCAGUACCGUGUGUCCCAGCCAAUGUCCCACCAGGUGUCUUACCCAACCCAACGCACACAACCCAUGCCUCAGCCAGCACAGCAGUCAGGUCUUCAGACCAUGAUGCCCAGCCAGCAGCCGAGUUACCAGGGCAUGAUGGGUGUGCAACAACCCCAAAAUCCUGGACUGCUCAAUUCACAGAGAGCAGGAAUGGGAGGACAAAUGCAGAGUAUAAUGGUUCAGUACCCACAGAUGCCAUCAUAUCAGGUACCUGUGGGUAAUGAAAAUCAGCAGGUGGUGCAGCAGCAGUACCAGCAGCAGGUCAUGGUCCCAGUCAGCCAGUCUGUCCAGGGGCCCAUGCCUGUUUACUACAGUGUUAUCACACCCACACAGCAGAAUAGCACAAGUCCAUCAGUAGGUUACCUGCAGCCCCCCAGCUCUGAGCAGUAUCAGAUAACACAGUCACCAUCCCCCUGCAACCCUCCACAGUUGCAGCAGCAAUAUUCAGGAGUACCACCUCCUGGGCCUGGGGUGAUGGUCAUGCAGCUCAGUGUCCCCAAUGGACCCCAGCCUUCCCAGAACCCCCCUCUUGUCCAGUGGAACCCUUGCAAGUACUACAGCAUAGAGCAAAGGGCAAGCAAGCCAGGCGAGCUCUACAAACCUGACAACACUCCACAGCUUGACAGGUGCUGCAUAUAUUUGCAAAAUGGAUUACAGCACGGUUUUCAAGCUUCGGGUGAGGUUUUAAUUUUAAUUCACCAUUUGAAUUGUGCAGGUGAUGGUCGCUACUCUCUUUUGGGGCAGCCCCUCCAGUAUAGUCUGUGUCCCCCACACCUCAUGCACGGUCAGUCCUCCUACAGCUCUCAUCAGGGCCAAGGAGUAAUGAAACACGGAGCACGAGGGAAAAAACAAACACUCAAAUCUGCAUCAACAGAUCUUGGUACCACUGAUGUAGUGGUGAGUCGAGUACUCGAGGUGACAGACCUGCCGGAGGGGAUCACACGUCCAGAGGCUGAAAAGCUCUUCAACCAGCUGUCGCUGUGCGGUGCCAAGAUCCAGUGGCUGAAGGAGCCCCAAGGAGGCCGAGGAGGAGCAGGGGGCUGCGGCCCCUGUCCUGGUGCUGGGCCUUCAGGGCCAGGAGCAACAGCAGGCCCCGGAGCUAGCAUGGGAGCUGGGGGAGCGAAGGGCGACGGAAACGACCCAGCUCACCUCUACACAGUAGUGGCAGUGUUCCCCAACACCAUGGCUGCCCAGAGUGCUUCCUUCAAACUUAACAACAGUGGGGCCAGCCUCUUCAAACUGAGGGCCGCCAAAAAGAACUAUGACCUGCGCGUGCUGGAGAGAGCCAGUUCUCAGUGAGAGGAAAAGAGAGGGGGAGGAACGAAGGUGAAAGACAGACAGAAAGAGAGACACUUGUUGGAGUGGUGGAAAAGGGGGAGGACUGAGGGGGACUGCUCUUAGUGUACAAAUAAAAAAAAAACAAAAAAAACCAAACUUGAUUUAAAUCAUGUGUCAAAUGUAUAAAAGGGAAGAGGGUGUGAAUCAUGAGGUGGCUGGUGUUUGGUUGCAAAUAUGAUUUUGUUGUUUGUUUUUAUUCAUUGUUUUUGUUUUGUAUUUAUAUCGCAGAAGAGCACACAAGACACGCGAGCAUGUGUUUCACUGUUGCCGUGGAAUGUGUGCUGCCAUGAUACAAAAACACACAUAACAGAAACACAAGUGCAGGCAACAGGGUCACGUAGCACAUAACAAAAACACACUGGACAGUCGACCUCAGUCAAACCUUUUCCUCCUCUUCCUCCCUCCCCCCCUUGACCCUUCCUCCUUUUUUUCUGCCAGCGCUUUCUCACCUUCCUCGACUUUCUGUCACACAGUCGUCUCUUUAUCUCACAUAUUUAUAAAUUUUCAUACGGCACAGUUGCGUACGCUCCGCUUUCUCCUGCUGCUCCCCCCUCUUGCCAUGUCUCAAACUGCCUCCUAUCUUUCUCUGCUCCUCUGUCCCUCUCAUGUAUUCUGUCACUGCUCUCUCCUCUCUUGCUUUGUUUGCCUUACUGCUGUUGUGGGUUUCUGUAUUGCGCUGUUUUCUUUUUUCUUUUUUUCUCAGAAGUUUUUCUUUGUUUGUUUUUUGGGGUUCAAUAUAUUUAUAUAAGUGAUGUAAGGAAUAAAAGAAAUCUAUAUAUUCGGUGAAUUUUUUUUUUCUUCCCUCCCCCCCUGAGUGACAAAGGUUAGGCCUUCCUAUUUAUCCCUUUACUCCUUCCCUCUUCAUCCCCGCUCCUCUUCCCAUCUUUUUUUUCCUUACUGCCCUCUACCUCACUUCUUCUGCCCCUCUCCUCUCUCCCACAGCCGCCCCACAUGCCCCAGCUCCACCCACCCGACGCCCCAUUGUGUUUGCGUUUUUUUUUUUCGUUGACAGCUGUGCAGAACGUAUCAGAAGAAGUAGUAAAAGUGCACAAUGAUUGCAUAUGUCUACUGUAAAUUUUAUUUAAUCUGUUAUUUUUUGGUUCGUUUUUAAAAAUAUAAAA